AAUCAGUCACGUGACAACUAUUCCCGCGCGUCGGCGUGUAUCAGUUAUCCCAUUGUGAAUGUACCCUAAGUACUUGUUUUGUGUCAGUCCAAAAUCAUGGCAGCAUUGUUGAUCAGAACGUGUCUAAAACGAAGUAUUCCAAAAAGUCUCCUAUGUGAUAAAUUUUCAAAUGACUGCAAUGUUAAAUUAAGCAUUGCUCUUCUUGAUACAACAUGUUUGCAAUGCAAUUGCUAUCACAGUACACCUGUUCUUUGGAAAAAAAGAAAAACUACAGAACAGAAGAGAAAGUUACUGAAAUUAAAGGAACUGGAAUUACUUAAUCCAAAACAAAAAAAAAAAAGCGAAAUAAUUUCUGUAUGGAGAAAUAUGACAGUAAAAGAAUUGGCUGCAUCGGCAGGUAGACCUAUCGAUGAGAUCUUGGAUGCACUCUUUUUUGUCGACAACCAAAAUGUUUAUGAUCAGAAAUCUAUCUUCAGUGAUUUGCCUGUUUUAUAUGAAACUGUCAAGAAGCUUGGAGCAAAAGUCAAAGUUAUAGCUCGUCCUGAUAUAAAAGAGACUGAUGACAAUGAUGAAGGUUGCGAUGCAGUGAAACCUCCUCCACCUGAUCCAGCAGAUCUGGUAAAGAGACGUCCAGUGAUUACAAUAAUGGGACAUGUUGAUCAUGGAAAAACUACAUUGUUAGAUUCUUUAAGGCAUUCGUCAGUUGUAGAUUCAGAAUUUGGAGGAAUCACCCAACAUAUUGGAGCGUUUAAUGUUACCUUAGAAAAUGGUGAAAAAAUGACUUUUUUGGAUACUCCUGGUCAUGCUGCUUUUAGUACAAUGAGAGCAAGGGGGGCAAACAUAACUGAUAUUGUUAUUCUUGUUGUGGCGGCUGAUGAUGGAGUCAUGGAGCAGACCGUACAAAGUAUAAACAUGGCAAAAAAUGCUAAUGUUCCAAUAGUAGUUGCUGUGAAUAAAAUAGACAAACCAAAUGCAAACAUUAAAAGAACACAUCAAAUGUUAGCUGAGCAUGGCAUUCAUGUUGAAGAUCUUGGUGGUGAUGUUCAAAGCGUUAAUAUUUCUGCUUUACAAGGAACAAAUCUAAAUCAGUUGAUGGAUGCAGUAUUAGCACAAGCUGAAAUUAUGUCUUUAAAAGGAGAUCCAAAAGGGCCAGUAGAAGGUGUUGUUAUAGAAGCAACUUCUGAUCUUCACCGAGGAAAACUCGCAACCGCCCUAAUUCAGCGUGGCACUCUUAGAAAGGGAGACGUUUUAGUUUGUGGCUUGGCAUGGGCUAAAGUUCGAUCCAUGUUUGACCACUCUGGAUCAAUUAUUUCUCAAGCUGGACUUUCAGAUGCUGUACAAAUUAUCGGUUGGCGCGAUUUACCAGUAGCUGGAGAUGAAAUUUUAGAAGUCGAAAGUGAGAGAAGAGCUCACAUGGUUAUGAAGUACAGACAUGCAAAACUUGGUGAAUCUAAAUCUGUAGAGCAAAAAAUAGUUGCUGAUGAAAAACAUCAAGAACACCUAAUAGAAUAUGAGAAGAAAGUUCAAAAGAAGCGGCUAUUAGGAUAUAGAAAACUUAAAAGGGAGGGUCCAAGAGAAAAAGAGAAUGUUGAAGAUACUUUCCCAAGAGUCAACGUAAUUAUCAAAGGUGAUGUACUAGGUUCCGUGGAAGCAAUAUUGGACGUUCUUGAAACUUACGGUGACGAAAAGAGAUGCAAACUGUCGGUUGUUCACUACGGCGUUGGACAGGUUACAGAAACUGAUCUCGAUCUGGCAAAAACGUUUGAUGCUGUUGUAUACUGUUUCAAUACUAAGGUACCAAAAAAUCUUUCACAAUUAAUUAAUACAGAGGGUAUAAAGGUUCGUUAUCACAAUGUUAUAUACAGACUGAUAGAUGACUUAAAAUUAGAAAUCAACAAUAAACUUCCACUAGUCACAGUAGAAGAAGAAAUUGGCGUGGGAACUGUAUUACAAGAGUUUGAAAUUAACGAAAAGCGAAAGAAAGUCAAAGUGGCAGGCUGUCGUUGUACGAAAGGUUCGUUCAAGAAAUCAGCUCUCUUUAAGGUCAUUCGAAAUGGUGUAGUUAUUUACAAUGGUAAGUCGUCUUCUAUAAGACAUUUAAAAGAAGAAGUAGAAAACGUUAAAACCAACAUGGAAUGCGGAAUAAAACUAGACGGCGCUCAAGUCGAAUUUAAGCAAGGUGAUGAAAUUAUUUGCUACAAGCUAGUCGACAAAAUCGACGAGACUGACUGGAAUCCUGGAUUUUAAAUAAUCGUCAACAAUAUCUCGUAAUUCCUUUUUUUUUCAAAGGCCAUUAUAUUACAUAUUACUUCAAAUAAUGAGUUCCUGUUUUCAGACCAGUGACAAUAAAGUAAAAAAUAUGAUA